AUGGCUCACCCGGCGGAUGCCUUCGUUCUGCCUAAGGGUCAGCGCUCUCGUCCCGCGCUGGACCCGCCUGCUUCCACGGGAGUGGACAGCUCCACUGGACUUCAAGCUCCUGCAUCCAAUGACAAGGACAAGCCUGCUUCAUCAGCUGCUGGCGGAUCUGGAUUAUCUGCUGCUGACAAGGCUACUCUUCCCUCGUUUGGACUCACUGAUGCGGAUGAUUUCAUCGACGAUGACUCGGACGAUGAGAUGUUGAUCGAUCUGGUUAAGGAAGCCGGCUCUGCUGCGUUGCUGAAAGCGUCAUCGCUCUUCCUUCCCAUCCUCCGCGAUCCGGCUAUUGCUCUCGUCUCCACCGGCAGCAGCAGGGAGGAUUGGAUCUGCACGCAAAUGGGCUGCGGGAAGGCGAAGGGGAAAAGCCUCAUGGCGGCGGCAGACCACAUCUCUGCAGCUGCUCACCUGCUAGAGUUGGCGAAGGCCGGCUCUGCAACAAAGGAGUCACUCGACAAGUUGAACCUAGAUGUCAUCCGCAAAUAG